GGAUUUUUUUUUUUCUUAUUGCAUUUAUUCGACAGCGCGAGGACAUCGGGUUAUUGGAUCGCGAGAAUGUCAGCCACUUUUCCGGGACUGGUCCACGAUGCGGAGAUACGUCACGACGGAUCAAACAGCUACCGUUUGAUGCAACUCGGAUGCUUGGAAUCUGUGGCCAACUCGUCUGUCGCUUACUCGUCGUCGUCUCCGCUAACGUACCCGGCUACCGGAACCGAAUUCGCCUCCCCGUAUUUUCCCACGAACCAUCAGUACACGCCCUUGCACCACCAGUCAUUUCACUACGAGUUCCAGCACAGCCACCCGGCCGUAAACCCAGACGCCUACUCCCUCAACUCGCUCCACCACUCGCAGCAAUACUACCAGCAGCUACAUCACGGCGAGCCGACGGACUUCAUCAACCUCCAUAACGCCCGGGCGCUCAAGUCGUCGUGCCUCGACGAGCAGCGACGGGAGCUGGGCUGCCUGGACGCGUACCGCCGCCAUGACCUCUCCCUCAUGAGCCACGGCUCCCAGUACGGCAUGCACCCGGAGCAAAGACUCCUGCCCGGGGCUGGUCUGGGGCUGCCACCGCCGGGAGCGGACGACCUGCAGGGUUCCGUGGACGCGCAAUGCGGUCUCAUGUUGAAUGGCCAAGGCGGAGUUAUCCGGAGAGGUGGCACAUGCGUGGUGAACCCCACGGACUUGUUCUGCUCGGUACCGGGCCGUCUGUCCCUCCUCAGCUCUACCUCCAAAUACAAAGUGACCAUAGCCGAAGUCAAACGACGGCUCUCCCCGCCAGAGUGUCUCAACGCCUCGCUGCUGGGAGGCAUCUUAAGAAGAGCCAAGUCUAAGAACGGUGGCCGUUGCCUUAGGGAGAAACUGGACAGGCUGGGACUCAAUCUCCCAGCAGGCCGUAGAAAAGCAGCCAACGUAACCCUGCUCACCUCCUUAGUGGAAGGCGAGGCACUCCACCUGGCGCGAGACUUUGGCUACACCUGUGAGACGGAGUUCCCCACUAAGGCGGUGGGGGAGCACCUGGCCCGGCAGCACACGGAGCCCAAGGAGCAGAACGCCCGCAAGAAAAUGGUGCUGGCAACAAAGCAGAUCUGUAAGGAGUUUCAGGAUUUGUUAAGUCAGGACCGUUCUCCCCUGGGUUCCUCUCGACCAACACCUAUACUGGAUCUGGACAUUCAGAGACAUCUAACACAUUUCAGCCUGAUCACCCAUGGCUUCGGAACGCCGGCCAUCUGUGCCGCCCUCAGCACCUUUCAGACGAUCCUCAGUGAGAUGCUGAACUACCUGGAGAAGCACUCGGCCAAUAAGAGCACGGGAACGCCGGACGCCGGCCAGAUCAACUCCGGCCCGGACAAACCGCCGCUGCGCAAAAACGAGACGCCGUCCAAGGACGGCAAGAUGGAGAAAUCAGAAUGACUUCGCCCCGUCGCUGCAAAGAGGGAGGAUCCCUGCCGACUUUUUUUCUGAUCCAAGCCCUGAUUGGUGGGCCUUGAUCAGGGGCGUGGCCGGUAUAGGGCGGGCCUCGUUCAGGAGCAUGGCCAGUACAGGGCGGGCCUCGUCCGGGGGGCGUGGCCGGUGUAGGACGGGCCUUGUCCGGGGGCGUGGCUAGUAUGGGCCGGGCCUUUUUCCCACCCCGCCCCCACUAUUAAUUUAUCCCCGCCCAUCCCAUUCUAUUGUCUGUUUGAGGGCCAAUCAGCAGCUCUGUUUUCCAUCGCGUAGUUUCAUCUUUUUUCAAAAUUUACCCAAAUAAGGUAUUUUGUUUUAAAAGUCUGUCUCUACUUAAAAAUAGCCUAACUAAUUGUUUGAAAAAGGGUAAUAUCUUUUAUCGAAAGAUAUACACAUUCCAUUUUUCGGCAAAGUCCUAAUUCCGGGUCCCUUCGGGAACUGUAAAGUAAUCCCGGUGACUCUCCGAGUCGCCAUGACAACUGUAUAUUGUGCAUGUUGAAGUUUGUACGCAGUUCGAACCUGACAUUCCUGCUCCAGAACACGACAUAUCGAGUGCAUUUGUAAAGAAGUUAUAUAUAAAUAUAUAAAUGACGACUUUUCUUGUAGGUUUUGAACUACAUAUAUGGAAUAUCCUUACAUGCAA